AUGGAUACCAAAAAAUCACACAUACCCAGAAAAGCUGAUUAUUUCGGACACAACACAGAGAAAAAACCAAUUACAGCUAGCAGUGCUGGCUAUACCAAACAUAGUAGACACGAGAAAUCCGGCGCAGUAAGCGGCGAUAGCCAUAUCGCACAUAGUGACAAAAAGAAAUCAGGUGCAGACAGUAGUGUCACUAGUUCUGGACACGAUACCAAAACAAAAUCAACAACCUCCAAACAAAACACCGAAAAAACUACUACCACUAUCACUACUGCUGCAGCUUCCUCGACAGCUUUACGAGCACGACGAAGUAGAAUCGUACAAAAUUACCUUGUAGUAUGGCUCGAUGCCAAUAUCGAUGAGAAAAAGGAACAUUUUCAAAAGUCUCUUGUAGAGCUUCGAAAGAUUGUUGUCACAUUAGAUCUAUUUACAGACGUCGACCAAUGUAUUGAAUACCUAAAACGUAUCGAUGGUCAGAAAAUAUUUUUAAUUACAUCUGGGUUGUUUGGGCAAAAGACAGUGCCACUUAUACACGAUAUGGCUCAAGUUGAUACGAUCUUCGUUUUCUGUAUAAACAAGGAUCGACACAAAGUAUGGGCGAAAGAUUGGUCAAAAGUCGAAGGCGUUCAUGGCACAAUAAAGUCCAUAUGUAAACGAUUAGCAAAGGCUACGCGGGCAUGCGAUCAUGAUUCGAUCCCGAUGAGUUUCGUUCCGCAGCUAUGCACGUCAGAUACAGCGUCCAAUGAGAAAAAUCUUGAUCAAUUACCACCAGCGUACAUGUACUCGGUGAUUUUCAAGGAUAUUAUAUUGGAAAUUGAUGACGAUGACGCUAAAUCGAUGAACACCUUAGUGAAAUUUUGCCGAGAACAAAAUAUUCCUGAACACGAAAUAAAUGAAUUUAAGCGUAACUACCACCAGGAAUCAGCAGUCUGGUGGUAUACCAAAGAGAUUUUUCUCUAUGGUAUGCUUAAUUGUGGGUUAAGAUCGCUUGAUAUGGAAGCGAUGUCCAAAUUAGGAUUUUUCAUUCGAAAACUGCAUCUGCAACUGGAACAAUUGCAUAAGGAGCAGUCGGCAAGUUUCAAGAAAUCUUUUACAGUUUAUCGUGGUCAGGGUCUCAGCCAACAAGACUUUCAAAAUCUAAUGGGUUCAAAAGGUGGUCUCCUUUCGUUUAACAAUUUCUUAUCGACUAUUGAUUUAACUAAAUAUGCCAACAAAAAUGGACAACCUUCAACCACUUCAAAAACUCUUUUGAUAUUUGGCGCUUGA